GUCCGCCUGCGCUAAUACGCGAUCUCAUUCCACCAUGGCAAAAGGAAGGUGCAUCAUGGCUCCAGGGAAUCACACUGAAUAUCCCGAGCGGGAGAUAUGGUAUCCAGCAGUGGCGGACGGUUUGCGAGAAGCGACCAAGGACGGGGAACCUGUGUUCUCGCAGGUGGUAUUGCGCCAGUUCCCGGAUUGGUAUAUAGGAAGGGAGUCGGUAUGGAUACCAUUUCUGCGCAACGAGCUGCAGGUCGGCGUGAACGAUGUUAUUAUCGGGCACAGCACUGGUGCCAUCGCAGCAUUACGGUACGCGGAAAAGCAUCAGGUGAAAGGGAUUGUUCUUGUCGGUGCGUACCACACCGAUCUGGGAGACCCGGAUGAAGUGGAGGCAGAGUACUUUCGCCAGCCAUUUAAUUAUGCAGCCAUUCGUGACAACUGCACCUUUAUCAUUCAAUAUGCUUCACCCAAUGACGAAUUUGUACCCAUAGCGGAACAAAGAUAUGUUGCUGAACAACUGAAACCCGAAUACCACGAAAUAAGCAAUCGUGGCCAUUGCAUUGAUGAUCACACAUUUGAUGAACUGAUAGCUGCGUUGCUUCAAAAGAUGUGAAGGGGCCGAGAAAAAUCGUACUUUGAUAAAAACUCAAUUAUGACUCCACCUUGUUAAUCUGACCUCGACGUAUGGUAGUAUUCUAAAGAAACGAGCGUGAAAAAAAAAUAAGAUGAUAUCGAAGGAAACGGAGCGAAAGAAGGC